UGCUGAAAAAUACCAUUCCUCUUCUAGAAUGACCCACUCACAGUAUGCAUGCAUAAGAACUUAAAUUUUUUCUGCUCUUGUCUGUUGCUCCUUCGUCUGCACAAAUGGCUCAAAUUUAUGAAAUAUUCUCCUAAAACAACGCGCUUGAUCUCUUAUCUAAAAAAAAUUAAUCAAUUAAACUUUGAUAUUUCUCUACUGAAAGGCAGAAUAGUGCAAGGACUGUUUACACAUGGAAAGGGUGAAAAAGUCGAAAUUGGACUCAGGGGGUGCUGAGGCAGAAGCUGGUUGCAUCAUGGUUGACAUGAGUGAGAAUGUGCAGGAAUUUUACCAGGUCGCUGCCAGGUCAGAUGCCCUCCGGGUUUUCUCUGCUCAACUUGACCCACUCCAGGGUCUGGUGUCGCUCAAGAACUUGCCGACUAUCCGGGACUUUCGCGUGCCAAAGAGCCGUGUUGAGAAGGAUGCAGAGCAGUCAACCAAGGCGAGACUUGACGGAAAUGAGGCGUAUAUGAAGCGUGACCUCGGUCGGGCCUUGGCCCUGUACAACGACAGCGUGCGUCUGGCCCCAGUGUCGACCUCAGAUGACCAGCAACUGCUGUCCUUUGCCUUUGGCAACCGGUCUGCUGUCCUGCUCGACUCUGGACGCCACAAGGAGUGCGUAAAUGACGUGGCCCGGGCCGUCCUGGCUGGCUACCCCAAGGACAGGUUCCCUCGCCUGCUGGCCCGACGGCGGGCCUGCAUGGACACUCUCGCUGCCAACUCCAUGGUCCAGCAUGCCAAAAAGGCUGACGAAAACCAUCACCACACUGCCAAUAAUGAUGAAAAUAAUGACCACGACGACGAGGUUCCGUUAGAAGACAUUGCUACUGAACAGUUAUUUUCAGAAUUGACUUCGACGCAAUUUGCUCAACGGUACGAUGAGUCGUCAUCGCGCUUGCCAAAGUUGUCUGAUGCACCUCAUGCGGAGUUUUGGAACAUAUCGCGAGCUUUGCAAUUUGCGCGGAGUGAGGAAAAGGGACGACAUCUGUUAGCUGCUCGAGACAUUGCACCAGGUGAAAUCCUCAUUGUGGAGCCCCCUUACAGUGCAGUCUUGGAUGGGCGGUUCUGGAAGAGUCAUUGCCAACAUUGCAUGGAGAGAACCUCUGUUGUCAUCCCAUGCCAGACCUGUGCAUCAGUGGUAUUUUGCUCUGAAGAAUGCAGGAACCUUGCCAGUCGCUACCACCAACUUGAGUGCCCCAUUAUUGGGAACCUUGCUGACUCAAGCCUGUGCAUUCGCCUGGAUGCACUGCGCAUGGUCACCAAACACCCACUGCCAGUGCUGCAGGGCAUGAGACCCACUCUGCGGGUCCUGCUGGCACAACAAGCAUCUGGCCUUCUGCCAUCAUCAGUAGCAGCAGAAAAUGAUGGGGCACAAGGAGACACUGAUGUCAACUGCUGUGGUGUCAUGGCGCAGGAUGUAUUGCCAAAUACCCCGGGAUCAGAAGAUGACAUCCUCAACAACUUUUCGCUGUUGACCCACUUGCAUGACCGGAACAAGGACCAGUUUUACGAGUAUGCCUUGUCUGCAGUUUACAUGUUCAAGGCCCUGGAGGAGACUGCCUAUUUUGAUGGUUAUUAUCAUUCUGCUGCUGCUGCUGGGGAAAAUCAGGAAGAGGAUGACAAGGACCUUGUCCUCCAGCUGCUCUUUCUUGCCUGUCUGAUUAGGUCCACCAACAGCUUCACCAUUGUGGAGGACAAACUCAAACUGCCUGACUUGUGGGACUCAGACAGAGUCAGGCUUGGAGCAGGCUUGUUCCCUAUGGGAUCUUAUUUGAACCACUCCUGUGACCCAAACACCACCAGAGACUUUGCCCAUGGCUGCCUCAUCGUCGCCGCCAGUUGUCCCAUUCGUCGCGGUGAAGAGGUCACAGCCCUGUACUACAAGACAUUUCAAGACUCACCUCGGACCCAGAGACAAGAGUACCUCAAGUCCAUGUACUUGUUUGACUGCUACUGUGACCCGUGUGUCAAUGGCUGGCCAACUGGCCCAGAGAUGAAGCGAAACCCACCGUCGUCACUGGGCUACAGAAUAUCUUGUCCUCGCUGUUUCAAGGUGCAAAGGGUGGGCGACCCCCUGACCCUGUCCAAGUGCCAGGCUUGUCAAGCCAGUUUGGAGCCAUAUUCUGACAAGCUGACAAGUUCCUGGACUGCAGUUCUCAAGGUAUUUGGCCAAAUGGAGAGAGGCGACACAAAUAUUGCCAUUAGUUCUCCACACGUCAUGGCAGAGUAUAUGAGAGCCAGUUACCUAUUGGUGUUGCCCCCUGAUCCAGACUUCUACUUUGCCAAGGGCCUGUUUUGCAGGAGUCUCAGGAUCAUCCGUGGAUUGAAGCAUUUGCCCCCUUCUGAUGAUUCAUGAGCUUUCUUCAAUAACUUCUUUCCACAUAUUUCUCUAAUUUUAGUAUACCUCACAAUAAUAAAAGGUUCUCUCCGAUAUCUUGGAUGACCUUCAUGGAAAAGUGUUAGCCCCAUGCGAUUUCUCCUGGAAAUUUCGCUUUAAAAGGUGCUCACUAACUGUUGAAUGUUGUGCAUUUUUGUGUGAAAAUGGCGCCAAUGAAAUAAUUCAAGCAUU